CCCGUGGGGCAAUCAGCUACGUCAUUGUUCACCGCCGGACACCCGCUGGAAAUUAGAAAUGGAUUUACAACGUCCAGUAACGUAUUUAUAAUAGAUUACAGCAAUGAACAAUGACCAUAGUUGACAGAUCUUCAGACAAGUCUUGCCAAGACGGGAUGGACGGCAGCUGCUCUAGCAGCUGGGGCCCUGCCACGUCCAGUGACUCCCCCAGGCUGAAGUCUCCAGGAGGACUCCUAGGCCCAACACCUGGAGCCACCAUCUACAACAGCACAACCAGCACUGUAGACAGACCCAAAGAGCAAGUGGCUGUGACCAGUGGCGAUGGUAUCGCCCUGCCCCAGAGGGUCCUCUUCCCUCCAGAGCGCAUCAGUCUGAAAUGGGCCCAGGUCCACCGCAUCGGGGCAGGUCUGCAGAACGUGGGGAACACCUGCUUCCUCAACGCAACCCUGCAGUGUCUGUCCUAUACCCCCCCACUCACCAACUACAUGCUGACACGGGAGCAUUCCAAAACAUGUCACGAGCCGGGGUUCUGUAUGAUGUGCACCAUGCAAAACCACAUCAUUCAGGUUUUUGCCAACUCUGGGAAUGUCAUCAAGCCCCUUGGUGUUCUCAAUGAGCUGAAAAGAAUUGCAAAGCACUUCCGCUAUGGAAACCAGGAGGAUGCACAUGAGUUCCUGCGGUACACAGUGGAUGCUAUGCAAAAGUCCUGCCUACCUGGAACAAAACUGGACAGGCAAACGCAGGCAACCAGUUUCAUCCACCAAGUCUUUGGCGGUUAUCUAAGAUCCAGAGUUAAGUGUUUAAACUGCAAAGCAGUGUCUGAUACUUUUGACCCUUUCUUGGAUAUUACUCUGGAAAUUAAGACUGCCCCAAGUGUCACCAAGGCUCUGGAGCAGUUUGUAAAGCCAGAACAACUGGAUGGAGAAAAUGCCUACAAAUGCUCUAAGUGCAAAAAAAUGGUCACAGCCUCCAAGAGGUUCACAAUCCACCGCAGCUCCAAUGUGCUCACUAUUGCACUUAAACGCUUCGCAAACUUCAGCGGUGGCAAAAUCACUAAGGAUGUGAAGUAUCCUGAGUACCUGGACCUGCGGCCCUUCAUGUCCCAGUCCCAGGGCGAGCCUCAAAUCUAUGCGCUGUUUGCUGUACUGGUGCACUCUGGCUUCAGCUGCCACAGCGGCCACUACUUUUGUUACAUUAAGGCCAGCAAUGGGCAGUGGUACCAGAUGAAUGACUCCUCUGUGACAGUCAGUGACAUCAGGUCUAUUCUUAGCCAGCAGGCUUACGUCCUCUUCUACAUCAAGUCCAAUGACAUGAAGGGCAGAGGGGACUACAGCCACAUGAGUCACAACCCUGGUCAGUCCUCGCCUCGACCAGUGCUGAUGCCUCGCGUCAACAAUGUGCCCCAACACACCAGUACAGGCUUCAUCGGUCCCCAGCUCCCCUCACACACAACCAAGAGCGCCCUCCAUGUCAAUGGUAAUGGAUCUUUGAGGGACUAUCCCUCCAGCUCUAAGCCUAGCAUCAGCAGCAGCGGUGUGGGAAAGCCUAGCCACGGACCUGCCUCUUCCUCGUCUGCCUCCCACUCACUCAGUCGGCCCACCAUGAUCCCAGACCAUGACAAACGCCAGAAGCUUUCAUUCUUCAUUGGCCAGGGAAAACAGAACCGCCCUUCCUCCUCCUCCUCAUCCUCGUCCUCCUCCUCCUCACAGUCUACCUCAGACGUCCGGUCAGACCUUCAUUUUGUCCCACGUCAGCUUCAUCACGUCAACGGCACAUCUUACGGUAACGGGGAGCUCCAUAGCGGAGGCAGUGGACCUUCAUUCCUGGUGCCGUAUGGCCACGAGUCAUCUGAGGAGUCAGACCAGGAGAGCUAUAGUACUCUGGAUAAUGGCUGCUUGUCCAAUUCUCACCUAAAUGGCAAGAAUGAAGCAGAAGUGGUUUAUGGACCAGCCCCACGACCGACCAAUUGGGAGGCAGGAGCGCACCACAACGGUAACAGACAAAAUGGACCAACUAAUGGUGUCUCCAAGCCUAGCCAAAACGGGCACCACAAUGGACACCACAAAGUGAACGGCCUUGACACCCCUGACCAGAUUUCUGGCAACAAGCAUGGUGGUCUGACUAGUGUGGCUUCUCUUGCUGCUAAUGGACUGGAAGGUCACCAUAGCCAACCAAGCAAAGAGGCGUAUAUCGCUGCCACCACCCAGCCCAGUGCCUCUCAGGACCUCCAUCUUGCUGUCACUGAAAGCCAGCAUCUUUCCACUCAUGACAAAAGGGCUAAAACUCCAUCUGACCUGCUGCCUCAGCGCACAGCAUCCUCUGCUGCUAGCUGUCCAUCUUCAGCCACUGCCACCAAAAGCUACUCCUCAGUGUCUGGAGAACCUGCUUCCUCUUCUGCGGCCUUAUCUAUCCUGCCAGACCACCCUCCCGACACUGCAGGGGCCUCCGUCACUUCACAGAGGGCAAAUGUAGGUGGAGAUGAGCCCAAGAGGCUCCACAAAGAGCAGGUCAAUGGUCUGUCAACAGGGCUUGAAGGACAGUCUGAGUGUAGGCAGCAUCAACAGGCAAAAAACAGUUUCAAAGCCGACGAAAGACGAUCUUCCCGAGAAAAGGGAAGAGAGAGACUUUACUCAUCUGACAGGAGAGAUCGCGUCAGGGAGAGAUACUACCGGGACAGGAACCGGGAGUGUGACUCUGAUGCUGGCCGUUACCAUCACAGACAUGAAUACCGAGGUCACCAUCACCACCACCACCACCGCUCCUACAGAGACCGUUCUUCUCAUGACCGCCACCACAGAGACUGGGAUUCUGAGCGCCGCCAGGAGCGGACUGCUUACCAUCCCAGGGAGCAUGACCGUGACCGGUGCUCUCAUCACUACCACUACUACCACCAUCACAGAACCAGAGAGUACCGGCACCAUGAGCGGCGGAGGCAUGACCACUCCCACCGUGAGGGGUCUCAUGGACACUGGAGGUGGCGACGAGAGGGUCAAGACUCCAAGGACAAGAGCAAUGGCAGGGAGAAGGACUACUACCCUUCAAAAGACGAGGCGUCCUUGGCUGCCACAGUGCUGGACUCCUCUGCCAAGGCCAAGGGCUCUUCCCCUCAGGCUGCUCUGUCUGCUGUUGGAUCAACAUCUAGCAAAGAGGAGCAAGACAAGAGAACAGUCAGUCCUUUGUGCAGCAAGAGGGCGGAUAGCUCAGAGGCCCCUCGGGCUAAAAAACACAAAAAGAGCAAAAAAAAGAAGAAGUCAAAGGAUAAGGACAGACAGGGCUCCAAUGUGGAUUCUUCUGACCGAGCUCUUGAAGUCAAAUCCAAACAUAAGAAGAAGAAAAAGAGGAGGCACGACAGCGACAUCGAGGCAGAGCAGAGGUUCAAAUAUCAAGACUUUGCACAGUGCAGCCCGGACGCAGCUCGCAGCCAUGGAACUGACAACAGCUGUAUGGUACGGCAGAACGGCAAGAGGCAUUACGAUGACAGCAAGGACGCCAAGCAUGACAACGGUUGCUCUCCUGAGAAACGCCGCCGCAUUGACUACUCUGAUGAUGACGACGGUGAUCGCCUCGCCUCCUGCCACACAUCACCCACGGAGGCUACAAAUGGAAAUGGUUACAGCCAAGCCAAUGGAGACUCCCAUGGAUUUUCCACCAACGGCCUGUGCGGUGCCAUCAAACACUGACUUUGCCCCUUUUCAUUUGCAAGAACAUCUGGUGAUACUGUACAAAACAUCUUUUUAACAACAGCGGAGGAAUGACAACAAUUUUUCGACGCGGUGCUUCUUCAUUGGGAAUAUAUUGUAUUUUUACCACAUGGACAGUAUUUUAAAUGUUCUAAAGAUGCUUUUUUAAGGCAUUGAUUUCUUUGCCUAAUUCUCCAAACUAUGGUUAAAGUACUGUCACUCAAUGGACAUAAAAAAUUAAUAUAUAAUUGCUCAAAUUUAAAAAAAAAAAAAAAAAAAAAAAAGAAAGAAAAGAAAAAAGAAAGAAAAAAGCCUGGAGCUUGAACAUCUCAACUGCUGCUCAGUGAAAGACUCAGGACUUUAAAAACUUGUGAACAUCCACGGCUCCACAUGGUCAUCUGAAUAACAAGAAUAAAACAAAGGGAAAAUUUGUUGACUCCAAAGCCAAUUUUUCACCCAAAAUAGGCAAAUUAUUCCACUGACAUAUGAAACAACAGCUGUUUUGCCCUUAUUGUUUUACAGUGGUGAAGCAUUAAGCUGUUUCACCUAUUUAAACCCCGUUGUUGACACAUUACUAACACUUUUUAUACUUUUUUGCUCUCUGACAAGCAGCCCCGCUUUCCUCCUGCCUAUAGGAGAAAAGCAGUGUUUGCGCCUGACAGAGAUGCAGAGGAGCUGAGUACUUCCUUGUUUUAUGAAUGAAGCGAUGCACAAGAGGCCCUUUUCGACCGCAGAAACUUUCCUCAGGGGCCAGGGACCUUUUGAGGAAUUGUCUGGCUUUUGACUGCAGGGUACAAGUGUAGUUCUGGGGACAUUUUUUACCCCAGGAAAAAGUCCCCACUCACAAGUAGGGAAUUUCAAAUUGUCCAGGAACUUUGGGGGGAUGGGGCUUGCAGUGCACCAUUUCUGGCUGAUCAAAACACACACAGGACGGCUGCUUCAACCUGUGUGCCACUUCAGUCCUGCUUUUCUCCCACAGUUAGGAGGAAGCAGGGCUGCUCGUCAGAGAAAAAGUGUAAAGUGUCCGUAAUCUGUCAACAGGGGGGUUAAAUAGGUUAAAUCGCUUGAUGCUUCAUGACUGUAUAAAAAGGUUACAGCUAAACAAGCUGUCAUUCUAUUUAUCAGUGGAUUAAUUUGACUCGUCUUCACUGGUCUUGAGUACACAGUGGAAACGCAGACAGCAGCGGGCUGGAGAAAUCUUUAAGGUCCUUGAAAACUAGACCCAGGACUACUUUAUCCGGGUAAUUUGGGUGGAAAACUGGCUAAGCUGACGAAGCCACCGCUGUGUGUUUGACCAACCAGGAACGAGUAGGGACUUUCUGGGGUUUAAAAAAAAAAAAAUGUCUCUGAAACUAUUUUUACCC